GAAGAGCCAGAGCUGGUUAGUGCGAUUUAUGGACGUGGGAUAGCGUAUGGGAAAAAAGGACUACAUGACAUGAAAAAUGCUGAACUGGCUCUGUUUGAGUUCAGUAGGGUAAUUAGCCUAGAACCAGAUCAUCCUGAAGUAUUUGAACAGCGAGCAGAAAUACUGUCCCCUCUCGGCCGAAUUAGCGAAGCUUUAUCUGAUCUCACCAGAGCUAUUCAGCUACAACCCUCGGCCCGACUCUACAGGCAUAGAGGUACCCUUUACUUCAUAUCAGAGGAUUAUGCAACAGCCCAUGAAGAUUUUCAGCACUCAUUGGAACUGAACAAAAAUCAGCCUAUAGCUAUGCUUUAUAAAGGCUUAACCUUUUUCCACAGAGGACUUUUGAAGGAAGCCAUUGAAUCAUUCAAAGAAGCUCUGAAGCAGAAAGCAGACUUUGUAGAUGCAUAUAAAAGUCUGGGACAAGCGUACAGAGAGCUUGGCAACUUUGAUGCUGCAACAGAGAACUUCCAGAAGGCUUUGCUGCUAAAUCAAAAUCAUGUUCAGACACUACAGCUCAAAGGAAUGAUGCUUUAUCAUCAUGGUAGCUUAGAUGAAGCAUUGAAGAAUUUUAAGAGAUGUCUACAGCUAGAACCCUACAACGAAGUAUGCCAAUAUAUGAAAGGUCUCAGCCAUGUUGCAAUGGGACAGUUUUAUGAAGGCAUAAAAGCUCAAACAAAAGUUAUGUUAAAUGAUCCAUUACCGGGCCAGAAGGCCAGCCCAGAAUAUUUGAAAGUUAAAUACCUCCGAGAGUAUUCUAGAUACUUGCAUGCACAUUUGGAUACCCCUCUUACAGAGUACAAUAUUGAUACAGAUCUUCCUGGAAAUUUUAAGGACCACUGGGCCAAAAAUCUUCCUUUUCUUAUAGAAAAUUAUGAGGAACAGCCAGGAUUGCAGCCACAUAUAAAAGAUGUGUUAUUUCAGAAUUUUGAAAGCUAUAAGCCUGGUGUGCAAGACCUCAUAUGUGUAGCUGAUCAUCUGGGUUCAAUGAUGCAAUACGAGACACCAGGAUUUCUUCCAAAUAAAAGAAUACAUAGAGCAAUGGGAUUAGCCACAUUAGAAGUAAUGCAAGCUGUGCAGCGGACUUGGGCAAACUCAAAAGUUCGGAUGAAUGGGAAAACCAGAUUGAUGCAGUGGAGAGAUAUGUUUGAUAUUGCUGUAAAAUGGCGAAGGAUAGCAGACCCUGACCAGCCUGUGCUUUGGCUGGAUCAAAUGCCUGCCCGAAGCCUUAGCAGAGGUUUCAAUAAUCACAUUAAUUUAAUCAGGGGGCAGGUCAUUAAUAUGAGGUACAUGGAGUAUUUUGAGAAAAUUCUUCAUUUUAUCAAAGAUAGGAUCCUUGUUUAUCACAGUGCUAAUAAUCCAAAAGGACUAUUAGAGGUUCGAGAAGCAUUGGAAAAGGUACAUAAAGUAGAAGAUCUUCUUCCCAUAAUGAAGCAGUUUAACAGUAAAACAAGAGAUGGGUUUACUGUGAACACUAAAGUCCCCAGCCUCAAAGAUCAAGGGAAAGAAUAUGAUGGGUUCACAAUUACAAUAACAGGAGAUAAAGUGGGGAACAUACUAUUUUCAGUAGAAACUCAGACGACUGAAGAAAGAACACAGCUGUAUCAUGCAGAAAUAGAUGCACUAUAUAAGGAUUUAACAGCUAAAGGAAAAGUACUAGUUCUAUCUGCAGAGCUGGGGGAAGCAGAUGCUGUGUGCAACUUGAUCCUGUCAUUAGUUUAUUACUUUUAUAACCUAAUGCCUCUUUCAAGAGGAUCCAG